AUGAAUCCUCCUUCCUCAGGCGCCGUCAUGGCCAUCAGUAAACCUCUACCAGCAAUUCCGAAACUUGCUAUAGGUGCCACAACCCUUUCGGUUGGCGCACGCGCUCACCGGUCGCGACUGAUAAGACACAUCUUGUCACAAACCCAGGAGCCAGGCAUCGAAAGCAGGCGGGAUGGAUGGGCUUACGUGUUGGAAGAGGUUUUGGACGACUUGGGUGACGCUAUGGCUCGGGGAGAAUGGUUCAGUGGCGUCAAGCAACGCAGAGCGCUGAAGCGAACGCAUCUAGAGAAAAAGGCGCAGGCGGUAAAGAAAGACGCUGAGUCGAAGAGAAAGACAACCGCAGAGAAGUCGAAGGACAAGAAAGAGGGCUCAGCGACGUCCACUGUUAUCGAGGCAGCUGAGGUUGUCAAAUCCGCAGCAGCAGCUCAAUCUCCCGUUGAUAUUCUCAAGGAGAUACGAUCUUUGGCUUCAAAUCGCGUGCUGCCCGAGUCAACUGGUUCUCCCCCCAGCUAUCUUGUGCUUUGCGUCGCGCCUCAUGGGAGUCGAACACCUUUGCCAGCCGAGGACAGUGGGUUCGACGUCGUACCUGCAAACAUUGGUUGUUUCUUUUCUAUCGGAACGUAUUCGCUGCAUGUCACCGACUCGGAUGAGUCUACUACCACCGUUCUUUAUGGACUGCGUGAAUGGGAAGCCGCGACCAUAGACUCGAAAACUACGCGACUUGUUGGAGGAACAUUUGUGUUCAAGGGAGUCAAUUCUCCUUUGCAGCACCAAGCUCUCUGCAAGUCACUCCGACUUUGCAUCUACGUCCAACUUUCUAUGGUAUUGGAGCAGCACUUCCUCGCAGAUUCACACAUCCAGCUCAAAUUUCCUCGUCCCAAACUCAAUCCCCCAUCCCCGUCUACUCCGAACAGACAUGUUGACAUUAUGCCUCCCCACUCCGCCCCCAACGCGCGUGAUGGUGACGAAACGAAAGCUCGACCGCGUCAUACUCUCCUUCCCUCCAGCAUCUUCAGCUUUUUCUCGCGGAAAAGCCAUGUUCCUCGAUCCAAAACAAUUAAUCCUGUCGUGGGACGUAGUGGCUCAUUGGACCUCACAGCUCUUCCCUCCCCAAAGGAGCGAUCGCCUCGCUCGUCAUUCGACGGUGGCUUGCGCCUACGGAGGUUCUCCUUGAUUGGGGACAAACACCCAACUCGCAAGAACAGCCGCACGAAAAGGGAACCAGACACCCCGUUUGCCAAUGCUGUGAAGCGCCUUGAAGAAAGCAAAGGUUGCCUAUCGACCUCCCCUGGGGUCUCGUUUGCGCCUCCAAAGCUGCUUCUCGAUCUCGCGCAGAAGGAAGGUGUAAAACCUACCCGUCGAUUAAAAGGUGACGAGAGGGCCAGUCUUCCUACUAUCCUUGGUUGGGACGGUAAAGCUGCUCAGGGAAAGGGAAUGUCGGGUAUCCAUGGAUUUGUGCGUCAACAAGAAAUCUCGGUCCUUUUCGGCCAGCACGUUCCUCCUGCCACUCCACCAACUCCAUCGCUUGAAACAGAGGGAUCGUCAGCAUUCACUGCUUUGUCCACCUCAUCAAAUCUCCCUACACCUGGCUUCGGCUCCUGCGGAAAACCACACUGGGUAACUUAUAGAUAUUAUUCUCAUAACCCCGACGAAGAUCAAGUGCUUGGCGAAGCUAUCAUGGACUUGACAUCAAAGUCCCAACUUCCAUGUUCUCGCCAGCGUUGUCCAUAUAAACGUGGACAACAUGAACUGCGCCUAAUACAUGGUGGCAUUCGCAUUAUCGUUCGCGUUAACAAUGAGGUUACAAGCCCUGAAAUAGAGGAUACCUCCAUAAGAAUAUGGGAAACCUGCGCCGUCUGUUCUGCUGCAUCGGAAAAGACCACGAUGUCCGACGGUACAUUCUUACUCUCUUUUGCGAAGUUCCUCGAACUGCUUUUAUACUCUCCCAUGAUAUGUACUCUGACUCCAGCCCUCUACCUACCACAGUCUCGUUUCAACAUCAAGCGGCAUUUCUCAACUGCUUUCGGGACCGUCUCAUUUUCUCUUUCGGCCAUUGACGAUAUUUUUGAAUUCCGCGUCCCCCGCUUGCAGUUUACUCGUGACAAGUCCCCUCCGAGUACAUCCAUCUCUGAGCACCCUCCAGAAGACCACGAUAAGAAAACUCUUAGGCGAGAAAUAAGGCGUUGGUGGGAAGGUGUUGCAGAUCAUAUUGACAAGCUCGAGCAACUUCUGGUUGGUGACGAUCUCAACGCUUUUCAAAAGGCCUUGCCUCGUCUCCCAUCCUCCGAUGAUGCGUAUGAACAUUUUGAGCCGACAACUCCGAUGCUAACACCUUUACCCCCAACCACCCCGAACUCUCAGCCUCACGGCGGUAAACUCGAAAUUCCUCUAUCAAAUCCACCAGUACCUUCUCUUACAAUUGGCUCCGAAACAUCUCAGUCCACGCCGAAGCAGCCUGUACUCCUGGAAGUUCCAUCAAUAUCCUCCCUUACUCUCGGCUCUGAACCAUCCCAAUCCACACCAAAGCAACCUGCAGUUCCGCUAUCAUCCUUUCUUGCUAUUGACCCUGAAUCAUCCCAGUCCACACCAAAGCAGUCUGAAGUUGCCGUAGUUCCGCCACAGGAUGACCCAUCGCUCCUCCUCACCAGCCUUCGUCACAACCUACAACGUAGCGAACAGGAACUCUACGUCCAACUAUCUCAAACCCCAACUUCUUCACUCAACAAUGUCCGGAGAGCGUUCCUUGCCGCCGCAAAGGGAACUCAAAAACGUAUCAUUGCCUGGCAGAAGAAGCACUUGGCUUCGAAAGCUUCUCUUGUUGGUGAAUUGUCUGCUGAAGAGCCUGAAUGGUGGGCGAAGGGUUGUCACGCUGUACCAGGAGCAAACAUCAUAAUCAGAGAGCGGGAUUGGGGUAGCAUCAUUGCCUUCACCUUAAGUACUUCCGACUAUCACCAAGAGCUCGUCAACCUCUCGAUAACACGAAAGGAGUCCUUACCACAAACUCCACCACCCGAAAAAACCCCCUCCACUUCAGGACCAUCAUCCUUCUUUUCCACCGCCACUGGAUACAGGCUUUUCUCGUCUUCCUCGAAUGUCCAACCUGAUCCUGAUCAAGAGGACGUUAUUUGGCACGAGCCUGAGCCAUAUUCCGCUGUUAUUACUCGCAAGGAACAUACGCGCGAUCCGACAUCCAUUCUUUCAUUCAGGGAAGUCCUCCGGCAAAAAAACCAUAGUGCAGAGCUCCCGUCCCCACUUUUGGCAUCUCGCUUCGCCACUGCUUCGAAUUCGACCUCGCAGCUUCUGGCAGGAGCUCCUCCGUCGGCUUGGGCCAAACCAGAUGUAGCUGUUAGCAUGCAAGCUGCGGACGGAGAGGUUGCUGCUGUUCCAGAGGAGAUUGCUGAGAAGCUUCUCCAGGAUCUCGAGGAAGCUCGUUCGGAAACGUCUCGGCCGCCUUCUGUCAUGGCGUCUGACGUGGAUGCACAUUCAAUGGCGAGCUCGGGUUUUGUUGAUGCUCACAUCCGUCGUGGCAAUGCGUCUUCUGUCAUAUCGGUUGAGAGUGAUGCAACGAUUGGCAAGGAUGUUGGAAGUCAAAGUCAAGGGCCAUCGUCCCUUCCUCCCCUUCCUCCGCCGAAGGAUCCACCUCAGCGCAAUGGCCAGAAGGAGGCCUCAGAAGCUACUUCAUCAUCAGCAACGCCAUCAACGUCGUCUUCGUUCGCCAACACGUUAGCAAGCGGACUGAAUGUAGCCAUGAGGUUUGUGAUGAACAACAGUUCAGAACCUUCCCGGGCUUCGACGCCUUCGUCUUCCAAAAAGCAUCAUGGCUUGCUUUUCCCUGAAGGUGCCAGCAUAGACGAGCGACCACAUAUCAAGUAUGAUUGGACCAUCGGAAAAAGACUCAAGUUCAGUUGUACGGUGUACUAUGCCAAGCAGUUUGAUGUCUUGCGUCGGAGAUGUGGCGUCAAUGACUUGUUCCUCAAGAGCCUAUCUCAAAGCGCGAAUUGGGCGGCUGAAGGUGGAAAGAGUAAAUCCAACUUCUGGAAAACGAGUGAUGAUCGCUUCAUCAUCAAGACGCUCGUCAAUGCAUGGAAUGUGGCCGAUCUUCAAGUCCUGAUUGAAAACGGACCUUCAUACUUUCAAUACAUGGAGUCAACAGCCGGCAAGCCCACCGUACUGGCCAAGCUGAUUGGGUUUUACACUAUCGAGAUCAGGAAUCUAGAAACGGGGGUCGUUCAGUCGAAAGCUGAUCUCCUCGUCAUGGAGAAUCUAUUCUACGACCAGAAUAUCAGCAAGACCUUUGAUUUGAAGGGCAUUCAUGGGCGCAAAGUCAAGGCGAAUACGGCUCAGGGUCAUACGUCUAAGACUUUGUUUGAUGGGGAAUGGAUUGAAGGGCAACAGCGCACACUGAUCUUGGUCCACCCACAUUCAAAAAACGUCCUUCGUGAAGCUAUCAAGAGCGAUGCCGAUUUUUUGGCUAGGAGUAACAUUAUGGACUACUCUCUGCUGCUUGGUGUAGACGAUAAGAAAAAGGAGAUCGCUUGUGGUCUAGUUGAUACAGUUGGGAGUUAUACCUUCGCGAAAACGUUGGAGUACAAGGCGAAACACGGGCUCCAAUCAGGUAAAGAGGUCACUGUCGUGCCUCCGAUCGAGUACCAAGAGCGUUUUGUGACUGCAUUGGAAGGAUACUUCCUGGCAUGCCCUGCUCCAAAAGUAAAUAAAGUCACUGAGUGGAGCGUUUUGAAUUCUGGUCUAUUUUUCACUGGGACUGUUAAGCUGAGGCUCUCUGAUACCCCAACUCGUCCCAAAGACAAUCAGUCCUCAAAUUAUCUCGGGAAACUCGCCAAAGCUCGCCCCACAGUUAUGGACAACAUUGGCUCCAGCAUCCCCAUGAUCACAUUUGAGCAAAUGCUCUCCCAUGUUCUUCCUCAGCUUGAUCUCGACUUCCAGGCGACUUGGAAUAGCUUGGUUCAAGGGGGACAUCUGGAACAGGUACAAGGGACCUACAAGUGGAGCGCGUUCCCAAUUGUGCCGAAAAGCGCCCAUGACACCGAGCCGGUUGUCUUUUUAAAGAUAAAAGCCAUUCAAGAUGCGAUCGUUGCCAAUGCGGUCUUUUCCAGCGGUCCUAGACCCCAAACAGCUGAGUAUGUCGGCGAUGCUGCGAGAUGCUGGGAGUCGGUGCGAAUCGGGAACCAAGGCAAACCUGAUGGAUGUGGGCGACUGCAGUCCAAUCAAGAACAAUACGUCAAGCCCGGUUGGAUGUGUGUUGCAUGGGCUGAAGAGUAUAAGGAGAUCGACGAGGACAUUGAUAGAUACCGUAAUGGUGGAAAAGUGGCCUGGAGUUUGGAUCACAUACUCCGUGACGAUGCUCGCAGGAGGUGUGCUUUUGGUAUCACCAUCGAAAACACAACAACGCGAGUAUGGUUCGCCUCACGAUCCGUUGUCUUCAACUCGGAACCGUUUGAUUUUUUACAUGACUGUGAAAAGUACAUCAAGUUGAUCAUCGCCCUCUCGUAUGGUAGCGCUAUCGAGCUCGGCUUCGAUCCAACCAUCAGAGCUUUCAGAGGCGUCGACGACAAGAUAUUCUACGACUUUACCGUUAAAGGAACGGACUCCGGUGGAAACCCUAUCACAAAGAUCUAUCGCACUGUCAGAAGCAUAUCUGAGUUUGGUGCUGAUGCCAUCCGUGGUCGUGGAACACGUAUCUACGAAGUCAAGGAAGUGGACAAUGGCGUACUUAAGGGUGAUACACUUGCGUUGAAGGAUUGUUGGGUGGACGAUGAUCGGGAGUUAGAGGGGGAUAUUCUCACCAAUAUUCUUUUGGACUGCAACAAUGAAGAACGCGAGUCGUUUUUGACCCUUGUCGUCCAUGGCCUUGUCGAGGUUGAUGGUGCUGGAACGAAAGACCAUAUCAAGGAGGUCAUGUUGCGAGGACUCGAUGUCCACCAGGGUGGGUUAAAGUAUCAAUUCAAGCACCCUGACGAGAUGGAGCAAGAUAUACCCUCCCCAGACAAAGUCUCCUCUGGGCUUAGCGCUUUUGUGCCCAUUGCUCGAAUGGUGCGCGAGGAGAACGAACAUCACUGGAAACAUCACUAUCGUCUCGUAUUCAAGGAGGUGGGCAUUUCCAUGUAUGAGAUUAGGUCCAUCCAGGAUGCCUUCCAAGCCUUAGUCGACGUGACGAAAGCACUCGAAGUUAUGGCUAAGAAGGAUUAUGUGCAUCGGGACAUCAGUGGCGGUAACAUACUUUUCUACAAAGGCCACGGAAAGCUAUGCGACUUAGAGUAUGCCAUUACAGCGAAUGCCCGAGGUCAGCAUGGUGUGCGCACGACUUCAUGCCGAUUGAAGUCUUCUUUCAGGAGUAUCAUCCUUCCCACUCACCAGCCGACCACAUCGUAUCGUGAAUGGGCGAAAGUUCCGAGAGCCAACAUGAAGGAGAAGCUUGCUACCCUAAUCAGGUAUGCGGCCGGGACCCACAACCCCAGGCCAAAGGGGAUUAUACACACACUUUUACAUGACGUAGAAUCCCUAUGGUGGGUUGGUGUAUGGCUCCUUUUCUGGAGUGCGACACAUGUAUGCCUUCUCGAGGAUGUUGAGAGACGAAUCGAGGAUGCAGUGACAAUCUUUCCCUUUUCCGGAGCAACAGCAGAAACGUUCCAAACGAGAUCCCGUGUGUUACGAGGGGAUUUCGAGGAAUAUAUCCCACAACUCCCUCGGGAAUUCAUCCUUUGUGGCGUGGUUUUGGACGAAUGUCGCUCUUCGUUGUACGAAGCGUAUCUCAAAUCCCGGGUCCCAGGCAAGGAUUUGAAAAACGAUUCUCGGUUUGAGCUACUGCUGGCAUUCAGAAAUCUCUUAUCUGCAAUAUCCGAUCCAGCUCCCAAUGAUAUUGCCAUACGGCCCCUACUCGAGGUUUAUAAAUCGCUCACCGAAAUGAAGCACAAAGCUGACACACCCGCUGAUGGUUCACACCAAACGUAG